AAUUAAAUCAGGUUACAUUAAAUUUCUGUAGUUCGGCAAUGUAUCCUCCAAACAGUAUUCUCAGAUAGCAGAUAUUGAGCGGAUUGAGGUGGAGUAAGGACCAUGGCAUUCCCUCAGCCCAAACCCCAGACGCCCCAGUUUCCCCAGCACCUUCUCAGAACCGUGGACUGUAAACAGGGCGCCAUCAGAGCAGUGCGCUUCAACGCGGAUGGUAACUACCUGAUGUCCUGUGGCAGUGACAAGUCUCUCAAAUUGUGGAGUGUUAGCCGGGGAAUUCUACUGAAGACCUACACUGGGCAUGGGUACGAGGUGCUGGACGUGGACGGUUCCUAUGACAAUAGUCAGCUGUGCUCGUGCAGUUCUGACAAGACUGUGAUCCUGUGGGAUGUGGCGACGGGACAGGUGGUCCGCAAGCUGAGGGGACACGCUGGGAAAGUGAACUGUGUGCAGUUCAAUGAAGAGGCUACAGUCAUGAUGUCGGGCUCAAUAGACGGUACAGUGAGGUGCUGGGACACACGGUCCCGGAGGCCUGAUCCGAUCCAGAUUCUAGACGAGGCCCGUGACGGCGUGAGCAGCGUGAAGGUGUCCGAACAUGAGCUGCUCACUGGGUCGGUGGAUGGCAGAGUGAGACGUUAUGACUUGCGAAUGGGUCAGCUGCACGUAGACUUCAUCAACAGCCCCAUCACCUGUGUGUGUUUCAGUCGGGACGGUCAGUGCACUCUGAGCUCCAGUCUGGACUCGGCGGUCCGUCUGCUAGACAAGAGCACCGGAGAGCUGCUUGGAGAGUACACUGGUCACAAGAACAACGUCUAUAAGCUGGACUGCUGCCUAUCCAACAAAGAUACCCAUGUGUUGAGUUGCUCCGAGGAUGGCCAUGUCUACUUCUGGGACCUGGUGGAGGGCUCCCUGUCACUCAAGCUGUCAGUAGGGAAGGCAGUGGUUCAGUCUCUCUCCUUUCAUCCCACGGAGCCCCGCCUUCUCACUUCCAUGGAAGGGUCUGUCCAGGUGUGGGGAGCAGAACCUGAGGAGGAAGGGAAGGAGGAGGAGUCCAUUUAGGACCACGGGGCAAUGGCAGAUGUUUCAGAUGUGGACAUCUGAUCAAAGUGGAAUGAAGCUGAUCA